AAUAUUUGCCUUUUACUCUACGCUAUGGUCACCAUAUCACUUUUUCAACCAUUAAAUGAACACAUAUCUUCAUUUGCCCCUCUUAAUUCUCCCUCCCUUUUUUUUUAACCACAAAUGAAAAACUCCACCGCUGUCGUUGCCGUCGCUGCCGCUAAACGCCACAAAAUUCUUCAGCACGACCACGAUGAUCAACAGUCGUUGAUCCCUGGACUUCCUGAUCAUAUAGCUCAAGAAUUUUUGAAUUCCGUACAUCCAUUUACACUUUUCUCCGUUUGUCAUUCGUGGCGUAAACUUAUUCACUCACCAUCUUUUCUACCAUAUUUGUGUUUAUAUUCUUUAUUAUUACCUACAAAACCGUCGAAAGAUGUAUCGGAAACAUUGGCAACUUUUACUAAUUCUGUAGAAUUUGCUUGCUUCGAUCCCAUUUCAUCGAAGUGGAUGCUUCUUCCUCCACCUCCACCUCCACCUCCACCUGAUCCUCCUCUUCGGCUUCUCGUUAAGCAUCCAUCAUUUAUCUCCAGAAAUAUGCCGAUUCAAACGGUUAGUGUUUCAGGCAAGUUAAUUCUCCUUGCUGCAACUGCUGAUCAUUUCUUACCUGCAUUUCCCCGUCCUUUGAUUUUCAGUCCGCGGAUGAAAAGCUGGAGCUACGGUCCCAGCCUUGCCAACCCACGCCGGUGGUGUGCGGCUGGGGUGUCAGGUAGUAUGGUUUAUGUGGCAAGUGGUGUUGGGUCCCACUACAACCCGGAAGUAGCUCGGUCUGUUGUGAAGUGGGACCUGAAUGAGAGUAGCAUUAUUGGGCCUAAUGGGGCCCACGACUGUCAGUGCAAGCAAAAGCAAUGUUGCUUGCACCAUUCACAUCCGAUUCUCCAAAGUCAAACUAUUUUUGAAGAAUUCAACGUGCAUCCAUCGAUAUUUUUGAAAAGUUCGAGCAAUAGGGACAGCAACUACACAUGCGUUUGUUGUGCUAAUAAUAAUAACCAAAAGGAGGGAAAAAGUGGAUGGAAAUGGGAGGAAAUGAGUGGGUUAAAAGAUGGGAAAUUUAGUAGAGAAGCAAUAGAGGCAAUUGGAUGGAGAGGAAAAUUGUGUAUGGUCAAUGUGAAAGGUGAUGCAGCAAAACAAGGUAUAAUUUACAAUGUGGGAAGUGACACGUGGCAGGAGAUGCCAGAGGGGAUGUUAGCAGGGUGGAGGGGUCCCGCGGCUGCGAUGGAGGAAGAGACACUUUAUACGGUAGAUGAAUCUAAAGGAGCGUUGAGGAGAUAUGAUGAAGAGAGGGAUAUUUGGGUGGAGGUAAUAGAACAUGAGAUGCUUAAAGGUGCCGAAUAUGUAGCGGCCGCCGGUGGUAGAGUAUGCAUAGUUGGCCGUGGCGGUAGUGGGAUAGUAGUGGUGGAUGUGGUGGCGGAGCCACCGAGGUCCGUGGUGGUGGAUACUCCAGUAGGGUUUCAAGUUUUGAAUAUACAUAUUUUGCCUAGGAUGAGCCAAUUGGACUAAUAUUGUGAAUCGACACAAGAAGGUGAAUAUUGAGCAUAAUUUUCCUUUUGAUUAUUAUUGUAGUUUUGAAAAUUUUUGUCACAUUUCUUGUCCAAAAUGUGAUAAAGUUGUAUGUUUAAUAGUAUGUGCAAGGUAUGAUCCUACUAUGUUCUUUACGUAUUAUGCCUAGGUAGAUGCUCAACUAAUUGAGGAUCGAUUUGUAACCGGUUAGAAGCUAAGUUAUUCAUUAUAUUGAAUUAUAAAUUUUGUAUGUG